CAAACAUAUCUGAACCUUAAUCCAUAAAUUUAUCGCUUUAGGAAAUGCGUUUUCAAAAAUCUUAAGUUUUUAUACAUUGUCACCGACAAAAUCUUAGUGAAACCGGUAUAAAUAAUCCCCUCAUGAAAUGAAUAAGCAGACCAAAGAAUGGUCGCGAGCUCGCCUAUGUAAGCCUAAGGAUAAUCUUACCACCGAAGCGGGAAAACGAGAACGCUUUGUGCCGUCCUGCGAGCUAGAGUGCAGUCCGGUAUCGAUGUCGCACUUGAUUGGCUGGGAGUACGCUAGAAUUUGGCUGCGCGAUCGCGACGAAUUUGUGCAGCAACGCGAACGUGCUGUCAAAGCUAAAUACAUCAAGAAUGACUUCGAGUGGUGGUUAAGGCUGCGAAAAACAUCGAAAAAGUUCUGCAAAGUUGGGGCAUAGAAGCGACAAAAUAAUGAGGACAGCGAAAUUAUUCCUAUUCCAUUUUUAAGGGAAUAUACAGUUAUUAAAAUAAAAUAUUUUCAUACCC